AUGGCUCAAUCCCGCCCCAACACUCUCACCAGCUUGGGUGAUGCGUACAGCAAGUCCAAGUCUCAUCAGACUCUCUACUCAAUCAAUCUCAUGGGCAUCGUCAUAGAUGUGUUACCUCCUAUGACCAACGGAAAGACUGGAGGUACCUCGAGUCGUGUUCUCUAUAUUGCCGUGCUCUCUACUGAUGCCAUCUUCANNGAUUCGCAAAUCACUUUCACACUCCAGGACUCGGACAUGAUGAAAAUUCCCGUCCUCGCCAAGNGUCUAAAGGCUCGUCUCUUCACAUCAGCUCAGGAAGAGCCUCCUCCGACUCCAUCCGUAGGUGACAUUGUUCUCAUACGUAAUUGCAAGGUAGCUAUAAUCAGCCCCUUGUCAAACAUCUUUAACCGUGUGCAGGUCUCUAGCUUUCGUGAUGUACCGACAAUCGGCGGCAUCAAGAGAGUGACAAGCACACUUGUUUACCAGGCAGCCUCGAUCCCGGAACCUGCAUUCAAGCAGUCCUUUCUUGGUGAAAAAGAUAUUCCAUGCCUUCCCCAAGAUCCAUCUCCGAGACCUUCAAAGGCUGAGCAGAUGUACGCAAUCGAUCUCAAGCAAUUGACUGCGUCUGUGAUAAACGUUGCUGGCGCUUCUGAAACCACUGCAAUCCCUACUGGACCUGCUGCUGGUCCCUCUUAUCCCAUAUCGAUCCCCAAUCGGCCGACCGCUGGUAGAGCUAGCGUGCCAUUGCAGACAGAUUCAAAGCUUCGUCUGAUUCAAGCCGUCAACUACAAUGACUAUUGCGACCUUGCCGUGGAAGUAAUAAAGAAGUUCCCAAAUCCAAGCGGCAACAUGGAGCUAUAUGUCACUGACUACACCCCCAAUGAUUCGUUGUACGACUAUCCUGCUCCAGAUGAUGCAGACGUGGAGGAUGAACUUGGGAGGUAUGACAAGAUCGAUUCCCACAAGAACUCUGAACAUGACCAUGACUCAAGUAGGGACGGCGAUGACUAUGGUUACAUUUCCAACGUGACUGGAAAGCGCAAAAACUGGCCCGGACCUUCUGGCCGUCAUACUCUGCAAGUAGAACUUCUUCCCCCUCAUGCAGGAUUUGCUCGUGACAACGUAAGAGAAGGAAGCUUUGUAAAGCUUUCAAACGUUCGGAUCAAACAGAGCAAUGCCGGCAAGAUGGAAGGAAACCUCUGGCCAGAUAACAAGUUCUCGGGCAAGAUUCUGGUCCAGCCGUUGAAGGAAGAGAAGCAACUGAGAGCUCUUGCUAAUCGUCGAGAUAACUACUGGCGAGGUCACAACAAUCGAGUUUCAAACAGACUACAAGAUGAACAAACCAGAAGGGAGGAAGGCGAAAGAAAGCUGACAAAGAAACAGAAGAAGAGAGCUAAGAGAUUGGGACUCAGUACGGAUGAGUCGAUCUCGAUACUGCCUGCUAUUGUAUGCAACACGCACGGUACGUUUGUGUCGCUCAACUCAGAUUAUGGCCUGCUUAUACCCAUCUAG